AUGGGUUGUUGUAUGUCAAGCGAUGAACGCGAUGAGGAGCUGUUAGCUGAGAAAAAGAGAAGGGAGCAAUCACCACGCGGAGUCGGUAUGGGUGUGGCGAUGAUGAUGCAGCAAGCAGGGGUUCUCGUUGGAGCAUCACCUCAUCCUGAUGCUCCGGAUAUACCGUCAUUACUUGCGCAAAUUAGAAAGGCAAAGGCUGAGGGCCGUACCGUAACCCUUGUGAACGGAAACCUAUACUUUGAUUACCAUUUGGUAUGCCGGAUACCUCCGCAUUACAACUUAAAUGUG